AUGGUUCUCAUUGAUGAUAAGGUCCACUUUAUAUAUAUUUGCUGUUCGAUCGUGAAAACAACAGAUGGUGAUACAACAGAUGGUGAAUCGAUCAUUCAUAUACCAUCUGACAUUUUGAUUAAGAACUCUGAGACAGCUUUGGAUGACCUCAUUGAUUUCGUGUAUCCAGAUAUGUUAUCCAAUUUAUCCGUUGAAAAUUAUUUCAAGGAUAGAGCAAUUCUUGUACCAACUUUAGAUUGUGUCACUGAUGUCAACAACAAGAUGACUGCAGGAUUACCUGGACAUGAAAGAGUCUACUUAAGUUCAGACUCUGUGUGUGCUGAAGAGGGAAAUAUGGAAUUUGAGUUAGAUGCUUUCUCGCCGGAGAUUCUAAAUGGAAUAAAUUGUUCAGGUCUACCACCACACAAGUUGGUUCUAAAGGUUGGCGCUCCUGUUAUGUUGCUGCGGAAUAUAGACCAAACUAAUGGUUUGUGCAAUGGAACGAGGAUGCAAGUUAGAAGAAUGGGAAAUCAUGUGAUAGAAUGCAAGACUUUAACUGGUAACAAAGCUGGAAGUAUUGUUCUUAUCCCAAGACUGAAUCUAAUUCCAAAUAAUGAAAUAUUGCCGGUUAGGUUUCAAAGAAGACAAUUCCCAAUUAUUAUGUCAUUUGCAAUGACAAUAAAUAAGUCUCAAGGACAAACUCUAUCGAAAGUUGGAAUUUACCUUCCAAGGCCAGUUUUCACCCAUGGUCAAUUGUAUGUUGCGUUAUCAAGGGUAACGAGUAAAGAUGGUCUGCGAGUGCUGUUGCAAGAUCAUGGACACUUGGAAGAUAACUGCACGAUGAAUGUGAUAUAUAGAGAAGUUUUUGAGAGCCUAUAA